AUGUCUGAUAGAGAUUCUGCCGAAUCCAGAGUGCUCCUGUUGAGAGCGAGCCGCGCAGCGCGUGUUGGUGCUCGUGCAGGCAGACUCACACGUGUUUUGCGAGUGUGCCGCUGCUUCCUCGAUUUUGGCGACAUCGAUGAACCAGCCAAGCGACCGCCAACAAAGAAAGCAGGCUUUGAUUCUUUGCGCGAAGAGGCCCGCGAAAGGGAUACUUUCUUGAACAUGCCAUGCCCUCUUGGUGGAAGCAUCACAUGCCCAUGCGUCUCUCUUCGUGGUGCAACAAAACAACCCGCACAUGCAAGAGUGAACAGACACUCACUGAGGUGUCAUAUUGUAUGCUGGGUAGGAAACGACACCUUAAUUGCUUCAGUGACACUUCUCCAACACCUGGAGAUUGCUUGCAGUUGCUUUCACCGCUGCCACUGUCCCACAAGGAUCAGCCAGCUGGAAAGAAAAGCAUUGCGAUGCUCAGCUGCAAAUACACAGUGA